GUGGUUCUUCCUUGGCGAGAGAGAUCCUUAAACGCUUAAACCCUCGAUGGUUUCGAUUGAACAUUUUCCCGAGAUUUGGGAGUGUCCAUAAACCCCCGCACACACACACACACUCGCUGGUCGAGCUAAAGGCAAAAGGAGGAGAAAGCAGAGAAAUGGUGAACAAACCAUGGAAGAUCAUCCCAAGACCACUUCUCGAAACCGUCCUCAACAACCACGUCCAACGCCACCGUGUUCCUCAGCCGCUCAUCCUCCACGGUCCUCGCGGCGUCGGCAAAACCACCCUAAUCCUCAACCGUCUCCUCCGUGACUGGAACAAAGGGCCUCACAUCGCCGGCUAUGUCGAUUUCGCACAAUCGAUCACGGAGCACCAUCCAGAUCACCAGCAAUCAUACCCAUGGACGUCGUGGACCAGCGUUGACCCACCAUUGCUAUCCAAUUGCAAAACCCACCUCGAGAACUGUCUCGAAUCCAUGACCCACAAAGCCAUAAAGCUCGGGACUUUAAGCUCGCAGCAGAUAUUCACUACCAUGAACAAAUGGCACGGUCUCACCACCUCGCUCCGCCGUAUUCUCCAGGGAUGUAAAGUCGCCGUCCCGGAGAAAGCCUCAGUUUCGUUUCUGUGGGAACGGGCAGUGUACGCGCUAUCUGUUCGACGAAAUGCCGAUGAGAUUGAUUUGUUGGUUGGGUUGGAUGAGAAAGGCGGUGGUAGCUUGUCUGUUGAAGAGGCUAGUUACUAUAGAGAGACGGCCUUUGCGUUGAGAUUGGCUAAAGAGGUUAUAAAGAUGCAGCAGGGCUGGAGGGGCAAUGCCAUUGCGCAUAUGAAUAGAACUAAUGGGUUUUCGAAAACGUUAGCGAAUUCGUGUACUGAUUGGCCUUUGCUAAUGAUAGAGUUGUUGUCACAGGCUGCAGAGAUUGGUUUCUUCCAGCCUAAGCUAGUGUUAAACAACAUUGAAAUCUUGAAGAGUGCUAUUCAGACUGAUGAUUCAACAGUCUCGGCGUCAAUGUACCAUGACAAUCUUGUAUGGAGGAUAAUAGCGUUAGGUGCCAAUGAGCGCUGUCUACCUGUCCUGUUCGUGACUUCGGAUAGCUACUACUCAUACCAAGCCUUUGUUGACUUUGGGUUUCCAGACAUUUUCAUCUCUCGUGAGACAUUUGGAUGGACCCCUCAAGAAGCCAAAUUACACAUGGUUCCUGAUUACUUCAGUGCUUCGGAGUGGACUAUCGUUGCUGAUGUUCUUGGAGCCAAUUCUCGGCAUCUAUUUGAGCUUUAUGCGCUUAAGCAAAGUAAUCAUUACCAAAGUUUGAUGGGGAACAAAGCAGGUACAUUUGAAGAUAUUGUGGAUGCAUACUUGGCAUAUUUACAAGUUGUUGUGGUUAAUCCUGCAAUGGAAAAAGCUUUGCUACGGCUUCAACGGUAUGCCGCUGAUGUACGAAAGGGAAGCAUUCCAGAUGAAAAAUUACGUUUUGGUGCUGCAUGGAGGCAUCCUCCGCGCAGUGAUGAUCCUACUCUCUGCUCCGAGUGGGCUAAAAUUCAGCUGAUGGACUUCGUCCAAGCUCUUGUCAAUACAGAAUUAGCGGUAAAUUAUUUGGGUGACUAUAGCCUUGAGAUCUUUGAAGACCCUUCUGCUAUGGCAUUGGUUGAGGUUGGGAUACUAUAUACGCAACGAGAUCCGUCUUUCUUCCGUCCUAUAUCCCAAGGCAUUAAAAGAUGCCUUGUUAGAUGGCUCAUCCAAGAACGAAUGAAGAUGAAUUAUUGGAGCUCAACCAAAUAUUGGUGGCAGAGAAUUAUCCGGGGUCGUUAUUACAAGCAUUUGAUGCUUGGCUAUAGAACAUAGGCGGUUUCACACAGGUUUUGUUGUCACGGGAUCGUUGAUGAAAAUUGUGGAUAUCCUGUGCUCCUAAAUCCCCCUAGCAAAAACACAUAGGAUUCAUAUUUUACAGGAAACCAUAAAGGGGUGAUAUUUUUUUGUUGCCGUUAAGGCCCGACUUUUAGUAACGUCGUCGUCAUCAAGAAGACACGGGAAAUCCUCCGGCGACUAACGGUAUAAGUGGGAGUACACUGCCAUUAGAACAUUUUUUUUUUCUUCAGACGCUGUAUAUAGCGCAUGUUUCUGUGUUGUGUGAUUUCUUUUGGCGGUAAAAGUCAAAUACUUGAAUCAUUUACUGUAUUGUCUACCUAAAUUUUUCAAACCGAAAGUCCCAAUAAAGUUUU